AGGAAAGGUAUAAAAGCAGCCAUAGGCCUCUGCCAGAUAGUUGGGGAGAAGCCUUCCCCUGCCACUAGCCCAGACGCACCCUGGUGUCUGUACCCAGCUCCGGAUCGGACUGUUCUUGCUGUCGCCUUCCUACCACACCAGGCCCCUGGGCUCCAGGUGGCUGCCAUGCGGUCUCGGCUCCUGUUGUCUGUGGUCCCACUGCCCACUAUCCGGGAGACCUCGGAGGAGAUGCUGCCCUCUGAUCCUGGGCAGGAGCCCCCGGCCUCCCCCAGCCUGGAGGACUACGUGAGGUCCAUCUGCCAAUUGGCGCAGCCCACCACCGUGCUGGACAAGGUCACUCUCUGGGGCCAACCCAGCCGAGCCCACCAGGAGGUCCAGGUCAGAGAGAGGAGCCCAGCUUCUUCCCCCAAGGAGAGCUCUGCCAGCUUCAACAGCCCAUGGCCCACACUGCCCUCUGCUGGUGCCGCUGACCCGCUGAACUGGCUCUUCAGGGAGUCCCAGGAAAAGCAGAGUGGGACAGACUUCCCCUGGAUGGCAGCCCCUUCUGCCAGACCCUGGAGCGUGCACAGGCCGACAGACAGUGGCAAGGCCAGGAUGCCAGGGUGGUCUCUGGUGAUGCCAUUGAAGCACGGGCACCAGGGUGCCAGCAUGCAGAGUCGGACUUCCUUGGCUUCCCGCUGCAGCCCCCGAUCCAGCAGCAUCCUUCGCACUCUCUGCUCACAGCUCCCUGUAAUCCACGAACUCUGAGCCUCCCAAUAAAGUCUUCCAUCACAGAAGUGGCUGGGCCCUGUCCUUUCUGCCUUCUUCUGGUACACAGGUCCCUAUGGGCUCUGCGAGGGGACGCUUGGAAGGACUGUCUACCUGGUGACCUGCAGUGACUCUCACAGGGCAAGAGGGCACUGCUUCCACUGGCUCUGCCCCACUGGCUGAGCACCCUGAGCACACUGGGGGUCUCUUUCUCAUGGUGGGUGGGGGUGACUGAGGGACCCAGCCUGGGCUCCCUGAGGAGUUAGAGCACGCCAUGCUCUGGGGGGCAGGAGCUGCCACAGGUGGGUAGGCUAUGGAGCAGCACUACACACCCCAACCUCGGCCCU